AGGGAGGGAAGGAGCAGCUCCCGGUGCGGCGCGCGGGGCUCCCGGUGCGGGGCGCGGGGCGCUGAGCCGGGCUGAGCCCGCACCCCCGGGGCGCUCCGCAGGGGGAGCCCCCCGCGCGCUCCCCGUGCCCCCCCCCAAGCCCCGGUGCCCCCUCCCCGGUGUCCCCCCCGCCCGGUAUCCCCCCGCACCAUGCCCGAGCAGCUCAGCGUGGCCGAGUUCUUGGCCGUGACAGGCGAGGAUCUGAGCUCCCCGGCCGCCGCCUUCGCCUCCAAGAUGCAGAAGUGCCGGGGGGCGGUGGGGGCUCUGGAGGAGAGCCUGGAUGGGGACCAAGCUGUGCUCCAGAGGAUCAGGAAAUAUGUGAAAGCCAUUCACAUCUCCGGGCUCACCCACGUGGAGAAUGAGGAGCAGUACAGCGAGGCCCUGGAGAACUUUGGCAACAACCACCUCUCCCAGAACAACCACGAGCUCUCCACUGGUUUCCUCAACCUGGCCGUCUUCACCCGCGAGGUCACCGCGCUCUUCAAGAACCUGGUGCAGAACCUGAACAACAUCGUGUCCUUCCCCCUGGACAGCCUGCUGAAGGGGCAGCUGAGGGAUGGCCGCCUGGACUCCAAGAAGCAGAUUGAAAAGGCCUGGAAGGAUUAUGAGACCAAAGUGGGGAAGAUGGAGAAGGAGAAGGAGCGGUCCCGCCUGGCCGGGGUCAUCCAGGCCGAGCCGGCGGCCGCCGAGGUGGCCGAGGACAUGCAGAGGGAGCGGCGGCUCUUCCAGCUCCACAUGUGCGAGUACCUGCUGAAAGCCAGCGAGUCUCAGAUGAAACAGGGACCAGAUUUCCUGCAGAGCCUCAUCAAGUUUUUCCAUGCUCAGCACAAUUUCUUCCAAGAUGGCUGGAAGGCUGCCCAGAACCUCUACCCCUUCAUUGAGAAGCUGGCUGUGUCCCUCCACGCGCUCCACCAAGCACAGGAGGAGGAGGUGAAGCAGCUCACACAGACCCGCGAUUCCCUCCGCAGCAUCCUGCAGCUGGAAAACAAGGAGGAAAACCUGAGCAGGAAGAACUCUGGCAGUGGCUACAGCAUCCACCAGCACCAAGGGAACAAGCAGUACGGGACAGAGAAGUCGGGAUUCCUGUACAAGAAGAGUGAUGGGAUCCGCAAAGUGUGGCAGAAGAGGAAGUGUGGUGUAAAAUACGGCUGCCUGACCAUUUCCCACAGCACGAUUAACCGUCCCCCUGUCAAGCUGAACCUCCUCACCUGCCAAGUGCGGCCCCACGCCGAGGAGAAGAAAUGCUUUGACCUGGUGACACACAACAGGACAUAUCACUUCCAAGCGGAGGACGAGCAGGAGUGCGUCGUGUGGGUCUCAGUGCUGCAGAACAGCAAGGACGAAGCCCUGAGCAAUGCCUUCAAGGGGGAUGUGGGCAGCGGGGCAGCGGCGGGCGCCGGGGUGGACGGCGGCGUCCAGGAGCUCACCAGGCUGGUCAUCAGCGAGGUGAAGAACAUGCCAGGGAACAAACAGUGCUGUGACUGCGGGGCCCCGGACCCCACGUGGCUCUCCACCAACCUGGGCAUCCUGACGUGCAUCGAGUGCUCCGGCAUCCAUCGGGAGCUGGGUGUGCAUUAUUCCCGCAUCCAGUCCCUCACCCUGGAUGUCCUCAGCACCUCUGAGCUGCUGCUGGCUGUCAGCAUUGGGAACACCCGUUUCAACGAGAUCAUGGAGGCCACGCUGCCCACGCAGGACUGUCCCAAGCCCUCAGCUGGCAGUGAUAUGGCUGCCCGCAAGGAGUACAUCGUGGCCAAGUACAUGGAGCGUCGCUACGUCCAGAAAAGCAGCCGGGACGAUCCCCACCGCCUCUGGGAAGCCAUUCGUGCCCGGGACCUCCUGGCCCUGCUCCAGGCCUUUGCUGAGGGGCACGACCUGGCCAAGCCCCUGGCCAGCCCCGAGGGCCAGGAGGCAGGUGAGCUGGCGCUGCACGUGGCCGUGCGCCACGCCGACAGAUCCUCCCUGCCCUUGGUGGACUUCAUCAUCCAGAACGGGGGGACGCUGGACCGGGUGACGCAGGACGGGAACACGGCCCUGCACUACAGCGCGCUCUACAACCAGCCCAACUGCCUCAAGCUGCUCCUGAAGGGCAAAGCCGCCUUCACCACGGCGAAUGCGGCGGGUGAGACGGCUCUGGACGUGGCGAGGAGGCUGAAGCACAGCGAGUGUGAGGAGCUGCUGGAGCAGGCACAGGCAGGGAAGCUCUCCCUGCAGAUCCACGUGGACUAUGACUGGGAGCCACCCUCAGAGUUCCCUUACGACAGUGAGGACGAGCUGGAGGAGAAGGUGAGCCCCCUCCAGCGCUCCUUCAAGGGCACGUCCCCGCUGGCUGCCAGCCCCCCGCCCGCCUGCCCCCAGACCCGCUGGAGCUGCGUGGGGGGGAUGGACAUCACCAACAAGACCUACGAGAGCAUCCUGGUGCCCUCCCGCCCCGCGCCCCGCCGGGCCCACAGCGAGGAGAUCCCCCCGCCGCUGCCCCUCAAAAACCCCACGCGGGGCGGCUCCCGCCCCAAACCCGGCCACAGCCCCACCGAGCGCCCCGAGCUGCCCCGGCAGGCGUCAGAGCCGCACUUCUCCGGGCCGGCGGAGGCUCCGGCACCGCGCAGCCUCCCCUCUGCCAGCAGCACGGGUGCCCUGGAUGGCACCCCCGGCCCCCCGGCCCCCGGCACCCGCAGCCCCACCGAGAGCCGGCGGGCAGCCUACUGGGAGACCCGCUCCGAGAGCGACGCCAGCAGCACCCGGAGGGGGCCGGAGCUGAGCCCCCCGCCCGGGCAGCCCCCGCCGGGCAGCACAGCCCCCGACAUCCCCCCCGUCAAGUUUGGCUCCGAGAGCACCCGCUCGUACCGGCGCAUCGGCGGUGGGGUGGGCAAAGCAGGGCCGGCCGUGUCCCCCCCCAGCCCUGCUGGCCCCGAGGACCCUGCUCUCAGCAAGGUGCCCCCUGUGCCCAUGCCCAGGAGAUUUGCUCCGGCCAAGGGGAGGCAGAAGCGGGUGAAGGCGGUGGCUGACUGCAAGGGGGACAAGGCCCGGGAGCUGACCUUCUCCAAGGGGGAGGUGAUCGUGGUGACACGGGAGGAAGAUGAGCAGAGCUGGGUCGGCUUCAUCGAGGGUGACGGCUCCCGCACCGGGGUCUUCCCCGCCAGCUUCGUCCACCUCUUGCAAGACUGACGGGGCAGUUUGUCACUGUCCCCUCGGCCAGGACCAGAGGCAGCUCCCUGCUGGGGGCUCAGCAGAGCCAGACCACAGGGGACACAUGCCAGGACCCUGGCAUGGGACCACUGCCCUCCAAGGGGGCUCAGAGACCACCCACUGGGAAACCCGUCCAUGCAGGGCAGCGCUGGGGAGCUGAGGGGCAGAGAAUGGACACGCUCGCUGCAUUGGUGGGCUGAGGUUUCUGUGCCAGCCCCUGCUCCUGCUGCUCUCCUGUCCUUCCCAGGGGCUCUGCUCAUCCCCAGGGAUUUCUUCUCCCUUCCUCUGCAAGGACUUGGGGAUGGGGGAGCUCCACCCUCUGCCAAGUAGUCAUGGAGCCCCCUCCCCAGCCUGGGGGGAGCAGGGCUGGGGGGCAGCCGUUUCCCCCCAGCCUCCUUCUGUACCCCAACUGUGAAACCUUUGGGAUGGGCAAGAAGUAGGAGAGGGCUCUUGCCCUCGCCUGGCUGGGCUGGAGGGUCUCCACCCCAGACUUGGAGCUGCCUGGGCUGGUGGGGCUUGGGGAUGCUCCAAAGCUUCCCCAAAACUCUAGUGAAAUGCCAUUCCCUGAUUUUGGGGGGGUAGGAGUUGAGGUGGCACCACAGAGCCCCUGCCCCAUGUCCCUCACCUGGGGUGGGUGCUGGAUCACCGCCCCAGUCUUGGGGGCCUCUCCAAGGGAGUUUUUGCAUUAUUUUUCUGGGACCAACAUCCCCUUGUGCCAGUGUCCCUUGGGACCCACCUGCCUCUGUACCCCCCCAAUUUACCCUCUCCCCCUUCUCAUUCCUGUGUCAAAUGUUUCAUCUCAAAAAAGUCUUUUUUUUAAAUGUUUUCUGUCUCUGAUUUCUAAUAAACCAUCGUUUUUGUAA